AUAGAUGUGAGCUCAAAAUAGAAACAGGAGCAUUUUGAGACAAUGCCUGUCAGUGCGAUGUCAAGGAUAUAAAAAAACUUUCAGAAAAACCUCCAUGCCAAAUUAUACUCAAAGUACGAGAAAUGUCACACAAAGUGUUCCAUCAAUCCCUGAGUUUGGUGGCACAACAGCCAAUACCUCCGAUGUAAUGUACCACGAACCAAAUACAAGCCACGCUAGCAUUAUAUUGACUAUUAUCGCGUUUUUUCUUUUGUAUUUGGUUCUGCUCAGCAUGAUAGCUUGUAUCUACCAUAAAAUGAGAAAGCUCAGCAACGUUGGUAAUCAAAGAUCCAGAGAGUUCAUGUUAGAUACCGGUAACAGGGAAUGUUCAUCAACAUCGGAAAAAGGAUCAACUUCCACUCAAACUAUGCAAGUUACAGAGCUUUAAAUAAAUUUCUAUUGUUCGUUACCUUAAACGCGAUUGCAGCUGAGGCAUGAACUUGGAUCGACCUUGUUCUGGUCAACGUGUAUACCUG